CUUCAGGAAGAGACAGAAAUGUGGAAAAUAAGGGAAUGGGAGAAGCAGACAGAAGAGACUUACUGGAAAAGGCAGAGCAGAAUGCUGUCAGACACCUCCAGCAGUCGCAUGCGCAGCGACGGCUUCGACGAGGAGGGGCACAGGAGCUGGAAACCCAGGAACCCACAGCUCCUUGACCUGGUGGAAGAUGAUCUCCUCAGGGCCAGAUCCUGGAAUAAAAAGCUGUAUGAAUGUGAAGCCAACAUGCCAGACAGGUGGGGGCACAGUGGAUAUAAAGAGUUGUACCCUGAAGAAUUUGACACAGACAGUGAUCAGAAGGAAGGAGAUGAGCAAAAUGCUGUCAAUGGGAAGAAGAGAUCCCACCCGGGGAAGCAAACGGCCCGUGAGUCCCACAAAAGGAAAAAAACCAAGAAAUCCCACAAGAAGAAGCAAAAAAAGCGUUCACACAAAAAGAGGAAGAAAAAGAAAAAGGAGCAGGAGAGAAGUUCCACAGAUUCCUCCCGGGGGGAGAGCGAGGGCUCAGGAGAGGAGGCUCCGAGCGCCCGGAAAGGAAAACACAAGCGCAAGAAAAAAACCAGGAAAGUGCCUGCCAAGGAACCUACCUCUUCUUCUGGGCAGGAGAGUGACUUUUGCCAUGCAAGCAGCUCCAGCUCCAGCAGCUCUGAGGACACUGAAUCCGAGGGGAAAAAGGACAAAGGGCCCCCAAGGAAGAGAAAGAAGCGGCACAGCUCGGCGCCGGAGAGGCCGAGCGAGGUGCCGGAGAAGAGGAGCAAGAGGAAGAACUGGAAGGUGGCGGGGGAUGAGAAAUCUGAGGACAGCUCUGAUGAGGACUGAGGGGUCUGGGUGCAGCUCAGGGCAGGAGGGGAGGACAGAGGCAGGUGUGUCACUCAGCACUGCCCCGCUGCUCCAACACUGGUUCACACACAGCCCAGCCCAGCCUGGCUGCCCUCGGCAGGACAGCACCUCCAUCCUGCCAGCUUCAGAGCCUCUGGCUGGGAUCAGAUUGGUUUUUUGUAAAUUAUGUUUGAACAGAUUGCUCUUUUGGCUCACCAAAACAAUGGCCAGUAGGAGAGAGGACAGGCUGAUAAAUCAAGCUGCUAACAGAGGAAAUGUCAUUGUAAGCCCCACGUAGUUUUGUCUUCCCAUCCUCCAGCGUGGGGGCGUGCUCAGGGUCAGUGGGCACGGAGGGGAGCUGAGGGAAUGUUCCCAUUCCAGCUGAAGGUGCAGUGACUUCUUCUCUAUUGGUGGGAAAAACUACCAGCUCAUCUGCUUGGUUUAGACUCCUGUCCAGAGCCUGCUGUGGGCUGGCCACCGUGUCUACCUUCCUUCCAUCUCUAUGGGGAUGCUGAAACCGUUUGUGCUGACAGAGGGGCCCUGGUGGGCGUUGUGUUCUGUCUCUGCUCUGCCCAGUGUUACUGGAGAAACUGGUACCAGGCCGUUCUCCCUGCAGCAAACAGCCAAGCCUUUUAAUAAAAGAAAUAAA